AUGGACUUUGAAAAUGGCACCAAAACAACGCGCCUCUUGCAUGCAGGAUCAAUAGGCUACUUCUGUACACAUGCUAAUUGGGGGUCAAGGGAACUGCAGCCAAUCCUGGGACACACAGGUGACCUGAGCGGUAGAGGGAAAGGUGGGAAGGGGUUGGGCAAGGGUGGUGCAAAGCGGCACCGUAAAGUCCUCCGUGACAACAUUCAAGGCAUCACCAAACCUGCUAUACGCCGUUUGGCUCGCCGGGGUGGUGUCAAGCGUAUUUCUGGUCUAAUCUACGAGGAAGUGCGCGGAAUUUUGAAAGUUUUCCUUGAGAAUGUGAUCCGGGAUUCUGUAACCUACACGGAACAUGCGAAACGCAAGACCGUGACUGCUAUGGACGUGGUGUAUGCACUGAAACGUCAAGGGCGUACCUUGUAUGGGUUCGGAGGCUAA